AUGCUAAUACGUUCCCUUACAAACAUGUCUCUCCGCAGGUCUGGUAGAGUUGCUUCGGCGCUGGCGUCCUCAGCAACGGAAGAUGCAGUCAAUGCGACUAAUGGCACCAAGAAGCGCUCAGCUGGCACUGAAGCUCCUCAAGACAAGGCUAAAAAGCCCAAGACUGCAAGUGUUGCUGACAAAGUCAAUGGCGAAACCAAGGAGACAGAGUUCAAAAUACCAAGUACGCCAGUGAAGGGCCCGAAAAGGACUUCAGUAAAAGAAUCCAAGAAACCGCCUCUCACGCCGACACCGAGCCUUGUCGCCAUCAUCCGAGCUCCAUAUAGUUCAGGAGAUAUCGACGAUGCGACACCGCCACCCGAUCGACCAGUCGAACCACAUGUCACCAAUGCUACGCUGGUAACACCGAACGGCACGCAGAGAGUGGCCUACUCUGAUGACCUGCCUGACUCAACUCCAUCGAAGACAGGACUUCCUCGACCAACAGCCACGACCAACACACUUUUAGAUCAGGCAUGUGCUCAUCUCACAAGUGUCGACGAGCGAAUGAAAGCAAUAAUAGAGAAGUUUCCAUGCCACGUAUUCUCGCCCAAAGGUCUGGCGGAACAAAUCGAUCCUUUCAGGUCGUUGUCUAGCGGGAUAAUGGGACAACAAGUAUCCGGUGCUGCUGCCAAAGCCAUCAAGAACAAAUUCAUAGCGCUCUUCAAUGAGGAAGGCUCGGAAUCACCCAAGUUCCCCACCCCAGCCCAAGUCUCCGUCACAGACAUACCAAGGUUACGACUCGCAGGUUUAUCGCAACGAAAGGCCGAAUACAUACAAGGUCUAGCUGCAAAGUUCAACAACGGAGAGUUGACGACGGACAUGCUCAUGAAGGCUACAGAUGAAGAAGUCAUGGAGAAACUGAUCGCCGUCCGUGGACUAGGAAAAUGGAGCGUGGAAAUGUUUGCAUGCUUUGGACUGAAGAGGCUUGAUAUCCUGUCUACUGGUGAUCUCGGCGUCCAAAGAGGUAUGGCUGCCUUUUUUGGAAAGGAUGUCAAGAAGCUCAAAGCAAAAGGCGGAGGCAAGUGGAAAUACAUGUCGGAGCAGGAAAUGCUGGACAGGUCGGCUCCAUUCGCACCGUACCGCAGUUUGUUCAUGUGGUACAUGUGGAGGGUAGAGGACGUGGAUGUUUCCGUCAUGCAGAGUUCAAUGUAA